CGAGUCGCGAUGCCGUGCGUCUUUAAUCAGCUGUGCUAUCGCAAUGUGAGUGUGUGAGACCAGCGAUUCGGGGAUACUCCGCAGCAUGGGCAAGGAGCAGGAGCUUCUCGAAGCCUCUCGUAAUGGGAACCUUGCGGUGGUGGAGCGGAUUCUCAGUCAGCGGGCCAAAAAGACGGGACCACUGGCGAGCCUUCGGCGCGGGCCCGGGACCAACGCGCACGACCCGAGCGGCUACACGUCGCUCCACCACUCGGCGCUCAACGGGCACCGCGAGAUCGUCGCCCUGCUGCUGGACCACGAGGCGUCGGCGAACGCGGUGGACGGCCGGGGCUGCACGCCCCUGCACCUGGCCGCCUGGACGGGCAACACGGACGUGGUGCGGCUGCUGCUCGAGAGGGGUCCCUCGCUGGCCGACGCCAACCACGUCAACCAGGAGCGCGAGACGGCGCUGCACUUCGCCGCCCAGUACGGCCACGCGCAGGUGGUGGCCCUGCUGCUGGCGCACGGUGCCGAGCCCGGGCUCCGCAACGUGCGCGGCGAGAGCCCCCUGGACCUGGCCGCCCAGUAUGGUCGGCUGGACAGCGUGGCACUGCUGGUGAGCGCGCAGGCGCACUCGCUGCAGCGGCUCGCCGCGGCGCACCACUCGCCCCUCCACCUGGCGGCGCGGAACGGCCACCGGCAGGUGGUGCGCCUCCUGCUCGACCGGGGCUUCCCCGUCAACUGCCGGACGGACAACGGCACCGCCCUGCACGAGGCAGCCACCUUCGGGAAGCUGGACGUCGUCCGGCUAUUGCUCGACUACGGCGUAGACGUGGACCUGCGCGAUGCCCAGAACCGGAGGGCGACGGACGUUCUCGAAGAGCUCAACACGGGCAUCGCCAAGCAGGCGCGGGACAUGAUCCGAGAGCGCGCCGAGGCGGACAGCGGCGGUUCGGCGGACGCCAGCCCGCGCUCCAUCAGCCCGCCGCCGGCGUUCGCGAGUCCCGCGCCGCGGCCCGUGCAGUCGUCGGGCCUGCCGCGGCGCAACUCGGCGGGACUGGGCGGCUCGCAGGACAUGCUGCUCGACAUGCACGCCGCCGCCUCCCGGCACGUCAAGAGGCCCUCGCUCGGUGACGUGGCGCGGGCCUCUUCGCUGCGUCCGCUGGACGACCACCACCACCACCACCGGUCGGCCGGCAACGGCGGCGGGGGUCUCGUGCUCAGCCUGAGUCCCGCCGAGCUGGCGCAGGUCCCGCCGCCGGCGUUCUUCACCUCGGCGCGCUCCUUCGACGAGGACAGCGGCGGCACCAACGCCGGUUGGAACGCGAACGCCACCACCACCACGUCGUCCUCGGCGUACCUGCCCAUGUCGGCGCUGCACCACCAGCAGGGCACCAAGCCGCUGCCCCCCGCCAAACCCCCUCGUCGCUCGGUGGCCUGCUCCCCGGGCGUGUACGAGCAGCUGUGCCUGGCCACCUCCGGGGGUCCGCAGAGGCGGCGGCGACUCUCGUCCGGCGACUCGCGCUCCUCGGCCGAGUACGUGGACAUGCGGCCUAAUGCCUCAUCGCAGCAGCAGCAACAGCAGCAGUCACAGUCACAGCAGCAGCAACAGCAGCCUCACCUCGACAAUCACAGCGACGCCUCGUCCAGGCUCUGCGAGCUCAGCAGCCUCUACGACCAGGCGGCCAGCGAGUGCCUGCAGUCCGGCGGGCGGGCGCCGCAGCACGCCCGCUCGGCGAGCGACAACACGGGGGCCCCGACGUCGUCGGACGAGCGGCCCGCCAGCCUGGCGCUGCACUCCUCCUCGGCGGGCUCCAAGCGGGCCACGGUGCAGAUCCCGCUGAGCCCGAGCCACUACGACCAGCCGCCCACGCCCGAGUUCCCGCCGCCCUCGCCGGGCACCGCCGAGUCCGGCAUCCACAGCAAGAUGAGGCCCCUCAGCAGGGAGUACGUGGUGCAGCAGCAGCGUCGCCGACGGCUGGGCAGCGGCAGCGACGGCAGCGGUAGUCGGCGCAGCUCGCGCGACGUCGACACCCUGACCGACGAGGACGAGUUGCUGCUCGAGCUGAACGGAGGGGACUCGCCGGCGACGCCCGCCACGCUCAUCGUCUCUUCCUGCUCCUCGUCGCAGCCGCAGCAGCCACCCGCGUCGGGAAUCGUCGAGGAGAUCGUCGAGGAGAACCCGUUCGCCGGCUUGUGCCGGGGUUCCAGCAAGACGGACGAGCCCCAGCCGACAGCCCCGGCGGCGACCGAGCCUGGGCGACCUCGGCCAGGCCCCAAGCCGGCGCCGCCACCGCGCAAGCGUGGACCUCCGAUAGACACCACUCCAACACCACAGAAAGACGGUGAAGCUGUGGAAGAGACGCGGAGGCAACCAGAGCAGCCUGCAAGCCCCUUUGAUGAAAAUGCUGAGUGGGCAGAGAUUGCAGACAUCAUGGCAUCAUUUGGGAGUGGCAUUGCGAGGGAGUCCAUUUUUGCAAGAGAUAUGGAGGAGGAGUUUGCUCGCACACUUACACGGCAGCACAAAAAGAAAUCGGAACCGAAUGGAUCGGCAUCGUCUUGCCCCGAAAGCAUUGAACAUUGGCUCCAAGAUCUUGGCCUUCCAGAGUAUGCCAACUUGCUUCUGGUGAACGGAUAUGACGAUGUUCGGUUUCUGGGAGGUGGGCUUGUGGAAGACCAGGACCUUCUAGACAUGGGUGUGUCCAACGCUGAACACCGGCGGCUUAUGGUUGAGUCGGCGGCACAGAAGCUUCCCCCAGUUCCUCGACUAGAACCUGGAUCGGAUCCGGGCUUGGAUGCCUGGCUAGAUUCCAUUGGUCUUGGCUGCUACGCACAACGGUUUCGGGACAAUGGGCUGGGCUCUCUGGACCGCUGCCGCCAGAUUUGGGAACUCGAGCUGAACACUGUGUUAGAAAUUAGCAAACUCGGACACCAGAAACGAAUACUUGCAUCGUUGGGUGAGCGGGCAAACAACAGCUACGCUGACCUUGAUGAGUUGGACCUCGGUCUCUCUAAACUGAAUAUGGGUCUUCGGGAGCUUGGAGUAGAAGACGAUGACAGGCUGGCACCAAGCAGUCUUCGCAUUCGACCGCCAACGCAGCUGAUGAGUGAUCCUGGUCGGUCUCCUGCAUCCCACAGUGCUGCCAGCACAGCAGCUGCCCAGUGGAGGCACGACCCAGAAAUGCUCAUCAAUGGCUCUUGUGAAUACACUGCACAUUACCUUGGCUCGACACUUGUGAAGGAGCUGCAAGGAACAGAGUCGACUCGGCAAUCAAUCCACAAGCUCAAGACAUCGACACGCAAAAUGGGCAAAGUGCCCUGUGUGCUGCUGUCCGUGUCACACCGUGGAGUUAAGUUUGUCGAUGCUGUAACAAAGCGCCCUGUGUGCGAACAUGAGAUUCGGAAUAUCCACUGUGCCUGCCAAGAUGCUGAAGACUUGACUCACUUUGCCUACAUUACAAAAGAGCACCAAACAAACCAUCACUACUGUCACGUGUUCUGUGCUCAGACAAUGGAGCUGGCUACUGAGAUCAUUCUGACGCUGGGCCAGGCAUUCGAGGUGGCCUACCAGCUCGCUCUGCGUGGUCAGAGCGGCAACGGCACUGCAGCGUCGGGUGGACACCAGGACUCGUGCCAGCGGCUACCGCAGACCAACUCUCACCGGACAUGACAGUUGUCAACGAGGUUCUGAGCUGUACAGAACCUCACAUCAGACGCUGUCACACGUCAUUGUUCCACCAUCGCUGCACCUUAACGGCACGCUCGAGGUAGCGGCCGCGUCGUCUUGUUCCCAUACCGCCGCACUUCCGGACGGCGAACAAAGCGCGGACAACCGAACAAAGGGUGAAGACGGCCUGGAGACUCUCGUUUUUCGUCUCAGCGUGAUCGCAGCCCGCUUGUAAAAAAGAAAACGAGAACCGCGCACAGGCGCGAGCCUUUGCUUCAAAUACCGUGUCUUGUGCAUGUAUGAAAGAAGCCCUGCUUCUUAUCGGUCACGUGAGCGUGGCCGUGCCUUGCGCGGAGUGAUGGACUAUAACGCCGUGGUGCUUCGGAGAGCCAGUGACAACUCGGUGGGCAUAGAGCAGCCCCUCGCCGCAACAGCGGACUUGCGUGUCGGAUUUGUGUGUCGACUGCCGUGGCGUCAGGACACGACGGACGGGCAAAAAACAAAAUUGGAUGUCAGCGGUCUGUGUGAAGAUUUAGUGAUCGGUUUUGUUCCUAGGCGCUGGUAAGGGAGGAGUGACGAUGUUAUGUUUUAGCGCCGUCCGACCUGUGCGCAUCGUUGGGAGUUUUUUGUUCGCCUGUUGUUAACGGAGCCACUUCUGCGCGGCUGGUGAGAGUGGCACUGCGGCUGCCCUCAAUGCGGGUCUGCCACCGGCGCGCCAUCUUGGAAGCGACAGCGCCUGUUCGUGGACCACGUUAUGCUUUCGGUACGAAGUGUGGGGCCGGGCGGCCCCGAGGUAACGAGAACUGCACGGCAGCUUUGCCCAAGUCAUGACAUCUGGCGACGUGGCGACGACGAAUUCCGGCUACGUGAAACUUGAGGGGCUUCGCCGGAGAAAUCAUCUACCGUUUGUUUUAGAUAUAACUGGAACGCGCGCGGCAGUCACCCUACCGGGACGGGAUGAUUUCGGGUCGCGGUGGUGGCGAUGACUGACGGCAGAAAACAGCUGCUGGAACGCAGUGGCUCAUGCCAAGGGACCUGUAAGCUGUACCGCUAGUACUACAGCUCGUGUGGUCUGUAGAACACUCCCCGUUAUAACUAUAGGGGGUAAGCGACGGGGAAGGGGGGGGGGGGGGGGCAAGGAAAGACCGCGACACCGGAUCGAUAUAUAUACAGUCGACAUCGUCACUGCUCGCGAUACUCGGGAGCCUACCGAAAAAAAUGACAUCGCUCCGCUGUCAUUUUCCCUGUCGCAUUAAUUUUGCGAAGCGCAUAUAGGGUUUGUCUCCCCGAUUUACUUACGCCUUGGCCUCUCCGGCUUCUUUACAAUGGUUUAUAUGUUUUACCGCUUUCGCGACAGUAUUUCUUCAGCCUUUCAUUUAUGUGAAGCUGGUGAACUAUUGGUUGCACUUUUGUUCGACAGGCUGCAUCCUUGAAGACAUUUAGUCCGGUCUUUCGCUUCGCCCCUCCCCGCUCCUUCUCCCCUGUACUCGGGAGUGCUUUCUCGGACCACCAGAAGUUUUUACAUCCCUGGAAAGUUUGCGUUUGCAUUAUAUGACGUAGCACACCAACGUGGGUGUCUGCCGCGACCAGAUGUAGCACGCGGUGCCGCACCAUGCGUGCGAUUGGCGGUCGGCCCAAAUCCAGCUCGUAGUUCGCUAAAUGAAUGCGGUCUCUGAUGAGCAGCGUCGCGCCGAAUGUUUAUACGUGAAAGCGCUUACGUAGGUAAUAUAUCGGAGCUUGAAGCGUGGCGCUCUGCUGUUUCGUGCUUAAACGAAUCUGUGAUGUAUUUCUUCUAAAGCAGGUUGUGUAUGCGAAGCGCAAGUGGUCGAUGGCGUCCCUGUUUCCGAUCGUCCGGAACCUCCUUUCCCCGUAUUGUUUUUUUUUUAUUUUUAGAGAUUAGUGCACUUGCGCUGACGUUGUUGCAGGCAGCCCACGCUCAAGUAUAUGGUGCCGCGGUGUCCCCUAGCGAAGGUUCGCUGCACUAACCGGUCGCUUUGUAGAGGCGCCUGCAACACCGUUUGGCGGGGGUUGUGUCGUGUAUACCGUUAAGUUUAUGUGUUAAGUCUCGCUAGUUCCGCGUGGAGUCGGUGCGAGUCAACCGCACACUGGUUGCAUCAUAAGUGUACGAAGACCGUACAUAUAGCGUAGUCGCUUGCUCCGCCACACACCGAGUGAUCACUGCCGCGAUAUACUUGGCCGCUUCGGGCAAAAAACGAAGCUGAGAUAGGGGAUGCAUUAGUAAGUACGGGCGAUCAUCAUCGAUGUUAAAGCUUUGAAGCUGGAAAGUCUGAGUCAUCAUGCAGUUAGUCGUCUUAAGGUUUGCACUUGCAUCCGAAGGGCGAAGCUUGUAGAUCUGGUUAGACGCCGCGGUACCACGUGAUCUUCAUUACUGGUUGUUCACCAGUGGUAGUGAUGCACGGGCCUACUAAUACGGAGUGCAGCGGUGGUUAAACGUUGUAUUAAUAUCGCUGCGAGCUUUUUUUUUUCCUUUCCCGCGCUAGACGUCCUUGCGUUUUUAGUAUACGUCAAGGCCGACUUGUGCAGGCCCCCUUAAAGAGACAUUGAAAAAUGGUGCUCGCAAGAACAGUGCCAAGUUGCAGCUAUACGACGCCGCCGCUUUUCUUUUCCACUCGCUGGAAGAGCGCAGGUUUUUAUGUAUACAAGGCGAGAUGCCCCGGCCGCCUCGACGGCCGUGGUGGCUUACGCAAACUAGAGGCGCGUUACGUUCCAGCUAGGUUUUUGAUGUUGCGAAAUAACUUCGUGAACUUUGUACGAGAGCCAUUUUACUUGUUCGCGAGAGAGACGGGGAAACUGCGAGACUACGUAAGUGAUAAGGCCGCAUUUUUGUAUAGCGCAGAGCUCGUUUCUCCGAACGGCUUUAUGACUCGGUGCGUGACAGCGCAUUACAUGUCGAAAUGAUCAAUCUUGCCGAAGCAGUCAAGGCCGGCUUCGAUAGAACUCUCCGCGCUUGUGAUGAUAUAUGCGUUUAUACGGUGCAGUAGCCAGGUAUGGCCAAAGAAGGUGAACUCUUCGCGCUUUUCUAACGCAGUGAGCGGUCGGGUGAGGUGAUUGUCCGUAUGGAAAGUUUAUUUGUAUAUUAAGUAUGGUUGGCUUGUCACUAGGCACUGCAUCAGUUUGAUCAGCGGUAUAUCAGUGCGGGAACUGAUGAACGUAAGUCGGCCGCAACGCCCGGGUAAUUUUCGCAUCAUCGCGUCGCUUAUUCGCACCGAUCAUCCCCCAUGUCCUCGGUUGUUCGACCAACGGCACGUUUUUUUUGAAUAAGCCGUUCUGGCGAAAUUUACUUUCUGCCGCGCUAGGCAAUUUCCGAAGUUAUCUGUACGAACGCGUGCUAGAAGCCAUCGUUAAUCUCUACAUUUUCGCCGAUGUCCUGUCCGAGAGCGGCAACGUACAAGCGAAAGCUUGUCGAGAGUACUUGUAUAGCGUGGCUCAUGUAAUCGUGUUGUGUAGCUAAUUUUAGGUGUACAGCUUGCAACCGUCGCUCGAGGGGGAGAUGAGAUUUCGGUACUUUUUUUUUUUUUUUCUGGCCAACAACUGACAGCAGUGUUUGAAGUUUCGAAGGAUGUUUUGAGAACCUUUUUGUUAUUUUGAAUUGCAAGUGUACUAGAUAGCCGCGCCGGUUUUAUACCGGCGAUGAACAAACGACGUAGGGUUGUUCUCUAUUACGAAUGGACCGCCCCCCCCUUUUGCGGGCUUUGUAUAUUUCUCCGGGCUGGGUUUGGGCCGUUGUUUCUGCACGUGGCACUUCGCUUUCAAGCCGUGUGUGCGACACUCGCUGUGAAAAAAAAAAAAAGUUUGUACGCAAGGACCUUAAGUGCGGCGUUCAUAGAAAUAUCUGCGGCCACCCCUAGUCAGCCCUUGGCGCCCGGCGUUAAUUAAUUUUUCCUCCCAUGUUUUUAAAGACAAGGCGACGUGGUCGCUACUCGACGUGUACGAUAUUCUACUUAUACAUAUUAUACACAUACAUACAUAUAUAAAUAAAUAUAUAUAUACACAUUAUACAUAUUAAGAUAUACUUGCACGCGCUGCAAUGUGACUGGCGCGUUAUGUGAUGUAUAGCGUCAUUUUUUUUUCUUUUUAAGACUUGUAUACUGUAAGAAUAAAGUGACACGUGAUUCGUGAAGUUGGACUGCU